ACAAAAAAAACAAAAAUGGAUUUCUUUAAUAGAUCCAGCCUGGAGGACGGGAUAGAGGCAGAAAACAUUUCCUCUAAUUCCACCACUCAGAGCCAGUACAGCCAGCUCGCUAUCUGGAGUCUGGCCGGACUUGUCAGCUUUCUCAUUUUGUUUACAAUAGUCGGGAACGUCCUGGUUGUUAUCGCCGUUUUAACGAGCAGAGCUCUGAAACCACCCCAGAAUCUUUUUCUCGUCUCCCUGGCAAGUGCGGACAUACUGGUGGCCACACUGGUCAUGCCCUUUUCUCUGGCAAAUGAACUCAUGGACUACUGGUUUUUUGGCAAAAUAUGGUGUGACAUCUACCUGGCUCUGGACGUUUUAUUCUGCACCUCUUCGAUUGUUCACCUGUGCGCUAUCAGUUUGGACAGGUACUGGUCAGUGACACAGGCUGUAGAGUACAACUUAAAGAGAACGCCUAAAAGAGUCAAAGGGAUGAUUGUGGUGGUGUGGUUGAUCUCAGCCGUCAUCUCCUUCCCACCGCUGAUAUCCAUGGACAGGAGCAGCAGCAACAAGGCCAGUCCCCAGUGUAUGCUGAACGAUGAGACUUGGUACAUCCUCUACUCCAGUAUUGGCUCAUUCUUUGCCCCCUGUGUCAUCAUGAUCCUGGUUUAUAUUCGGAUCUACCAAGUGGCAAAGACCAGGACCAGGACCAUGUCGGCGAAGAAGAGGGAUGUAGACUCACCGCUGGAGAAUGGGAUGGACCAAGCCGAAUCCGGCAGAGACGGGUCAUUAAAGUCCAACAAGGACAGCAUGAAAGACAAGGAACGUGAGAACGGUCACUGCCGAGAGCAAGCAGUUGGAUCCCCUCUACCGAACGAGCCCAAACAUCCGCCAACGGACCACGAUGACGACUACGACGACAGUAGCUCAUCGGACGAGAAACCAAAGAAAAGUUCCAGUUCCUCCAAACAUCAGCGCGGCGACAGAAAGGACAGGAAGUCCAGCCGCAAAAGCAGCUCCGCCUCUAAAUACUCCAGCAGGAAGUCGCGUUCCAGCUCCAAGUCCAUGGAGCUGUUCUCAUCUCGCCGCAAACGCCAGAGCACCAUCAAUCGGAAGAAAGUCUCCGCCGCUCGGGAGAAGCGAUUCACCUUUGUCCUUGCCGUUGUCAUGGGCGUUUUUGUCUUGUGCUGGUUCCCGUUCUUCUUCUCCUACAGCCUGUACGGGAUCUGCCGGAAGCCGUGCAAGAUCCCCGAUACUCUUUUCACGUUCUUUUUCUGGAUUGGCUACUGUAACAGCUCGCUCAACCCGGUCAUCUACACCAUCUUCAACCAGGACUUCCGCAGAGCCUUCCAGAAGAUCCUCUGUAAGUCAUGGAAACGCUCUUUCUAAAUGCUUCCUGCUUGGAUGGGGUUGUAAUCGCCAUUUUUCCCUGCAGAAAAAUUCAAACUGUUCUGAGCUGUAUUAUGAAGUGCUGGCCUGGGGGGAGGGGGCUUUCACACUUUUACUUUCACGGAUUGCACUAGAAAUAAAGAAGCAAUUGGACAAAGGUGCAAGAAAAGGGGAUUAAAAUACAAGCGUAAACUCUUAUUCACAAAGCGGCUUUCAUUCAAUGGCAUUCAGGUUGCUUUUAAACUCUGAUGUGGGAUUUUGGCUCAUUUCCCCCUCCUCAUUGACUUCUUCUCCCCUCAUUGACAUACAAUAAACUGACUCUAAAAAGUGACUGUGAUGCAUUCACGCCAAUGUAGCUGCACUCGGAUAUACCGCACAGGAGGGCGAAGGGUUUACAGAGACACUUGAUUUAAAAUGUGACCUCAUUCACUGAAUAUAAUGCGAAGGCCUUGACAAUCUCCACACAACCGUUGCUUGUGACGUUUAGAUAGUGGCAUCUAUCUCUCUCUCUCUCUCUCGCUCUCUCUCUCUAUCUCUCUCUCUCUCUCUCUCUCUCUCUCUCUCUCUCUCUCUCUCUCUCUCUGAGGACCAAUGGGACGAAGGGGCUCCUUGCUUACUGUUUCAGUAGCAAAACAGUUUCACAAAAAAGAAAGAAAAAAAAUACUCAUCAUCAAAAAAAAAAGUUAUAAUUCUGCUUCACUAUUCUGUGUGAAAGGGGAGCUGCAGAGGAAACUUACAGUAGAGUGGCAUCACGGCAAUUUCCUCUCACAGCCAUGAGCACCUUCUACUCCUCUAGAUGGAAUACAGAGGGACUGCUGAGGCACAUGGGCUCCCACUGAAGCGUUCACUGUGUGUGUAUGUGUAUGUGUGUGUGUGUGUGUGUGUGUGUGUUUCUGUGUCUGCGUGUGUGUGUGUGUGUGUGUGUGUGUGUGUGUGUGUGUGUGUGUGUGUGUGUGUGUAAGAGAAGUAGAGGACAAAGUGUAUGUGAGACAACACUGCUCUCACCCAGAUAAAAACGACUGAAGGAGAAGGAUGUUCGGUAAAUAAAACAGUUCAAUAAAGGCACCGCUCCAACACAGUCUCUCCAACGCGUUCACACUUUCUGUUCUGCCGGCUCUGGCUCCUUGACGGUCGUAUGGACCCAGCCUACUGCAAGAGACCAGAAGCAGGUUCUCACCAUGCUUAUAUAUUAUGAUACCUGAUUGUGUCCAGCUAUCUGAUCUGCAGCUGAGACACUCCCACCUCUCCCCCAGCAGCCGGUGCCGGAACCACACCCUACUGCCACAGUGUAUAACAGUGAAAGUCUGUGGUGAUGAAGUGAGCAGGAGAGUGUAUUGCAUCUUAUUCCUGCCAGUGAGCGAUUGGUUGUCUGUGUGUGUGUGUGUGUGUGUGUGUGUUUUCAAAUGGCCUGAUUCUGUGUGUCUUUCUAUUCUCUUUCUGCCGCACGUCUUUUCACUCGCUUGCAGCCACAAAAAGCACUUAGCCACAGUAAAAACCAAACACCUUAUCACUCUGUUCUAAUGUCUGCUGCUCACACACACACACACACGCACGCACACACACCAUUAUUAUAAUACACGCAAAGACAUCAAAAUGACAUAUACGGUCAUUAUUUCAUCUUUACAUUUUCAAGCAUUUAUAGCCAGAAGGGCUUAUGCUUUUUUUCUCUCUCUUGUAAAUAAUUGAAAACAGUACAGUAUUAUUGUGUGGAGCCUCAUAAUCACACAUGUAUCGUUAUGAUAAAAAAUUUAUUGAUUGUAUAUUGAACAAUGCUUUGAAAGAUUUUCAUGUUACAACAUCCUCUGUCCUUUUCUGAAAGAGCAAGAUCAAAUAAAGAGAUUACUUCAA